CUUAUUAAACAACAUUGCUGACCAAGCUCUUACUAAGCAAGCCAUUCUUGAACCACGAAAGUUAAUGGAGAGCUCAAACAGGAGGAGCAACAACCAGUCACAUGAUGACAAGCAAGCUCGUUUCCGGGGAGUACGAAGGAGGCCUUGGGGAAAAUUUGCAGCAGAGAUUCGAGACCCGUCAAGGAACGGUGCCCGUCUUUGGCUCGGUACGUUCGAGACAGCUGAGGAGGCGGCGAGGGCUUAUGACCGAGCAGCCUUUAACCUUAGGGGUCAUCUCGCUAUACUCAACUUCCCUAAUGAGUAUUAUUCACGUAUGGAUGACUACUCGCUUCGCCCUCCUUACGCUUCUUCUUCUUCUUCGUCAUCGGGUUCAACUUCUACGAAUGUGAGUCGACAAAGCCAGAGAGAAGUUUUCGAGUUUGAGUAUUUGGACGAUAGGGUUCUUGAAGAACUUCUUGAUUCAGAAGAAAGGAACAGACGGAAUUAAUCAACGAUAGUUUGGUUUUGUUAUUUUAUGUGGCAAUAUAUAUUGUGGCUACUACGUGCAUUAUGUUCAUGUAGCUCGCUUUGUAGUACUUGAUUUGGUAUUUUUAUAACGUGCCACGACCAUAAGUAGUAAGAUAAGGCGUACCUUGCGUUUUCAUGAAAUAUAAACGUUAGGUGGUUUAAUUAAGUACGUACACCAGCUUCAUUAUUUU